UGUCGGUAAAUAAGUAAAUUUUUCGACGCACUUAGACUAAUUUCGAUCACCUCUGAACUUAUAGCUUAUGCUACACUUCUACUUCCAAAUUACUUCAAUUAAAUAUAUAUAUUUAAAAAAUAAUGAAGUUCGAAUAUUUAAUUUUUGUGGUAAUUAAGGUUUUGAUUAUUACCCUACUUGUGGGUAAAACCAGCGGAAUUGAACAUCAUUACGGAUAUAAAUGUGCUAAAUAUGGGACUCAGUGUGAUCCUCUUCAUCAACAAGCAUGUUGUGAAACAUAUAAUGAGUGUAAAUACGUUGUCAAUUUAUUUCUAUGUGUAAGGAAAGGAAUUUUAGGACGCUAUUGCAAAAAUGAUGAAGAUUGUGCUUAUGUACGUCAUGCUAAAUGUUCAGAAGAUAAACAGUGUAUUUGUAGACUAAACUCUAUUAGAUUCAAUGAAACAACGUGUAUUCCAUUAUUAGGUGAAUUUUGUUCGAAAAAUGAAAGAUGUGCAGCAAAUAAUUCCGUAUGUGUAAAUAAUGAGUGUCAAUGCAAAAAUGGAUUCGAACACAUUAAUGAUCAAUGCUUGCCAAAGAUAAUAGGAUCACGUUGUGAAUGUGAUGCAAAUUGUGAUGAAAUAAAAUUUUCAAAAUGUUCUGAGGAUAAAAUUUGUAUUUGCAUAUCAAAUACAAUUGCAAUAAAUAGUGUUUUAUGUUCACCACUUUUAGAUGUACAUUGUUCUACAAAUGAAGAAUGCAGAGUAAAUAAUUCUGUUUGUAUUGAUAAUAAAUGUCAAUGUAAAUCUAACUACAAAUCUUAUUCCGAUGAUAAUAAAUGUGAAUUACCUUUCAUAGGUAUGCCAUGUCCAAAGGAUUCAAGUUGUGAUUAUUUAAUGGAUCAUUCGAUAUGUUCUAAAGAGAAACGAUGUCAAUGUGCUCCUGAUUAUUACCAACUGGGAGAUAGUAUAUGUACACUAUUCAAUACACGUUGCAACGAUAAUAAAUUGUGUUCAAAAAAUUUCAUCUGUGUUAAUAAUGAAUGUCAAUGCAAACCUAAUUAUGUCAAUCGAGGAUUAAAAUGUCUUCCAACGCAUUUGAAUGCAGCUUGUACAAAUCAUACAGAUUGUAAUGAAAUUAGAUUUGCCAUGUGUUCAGCACGUAAUAGAUGCAUUUGCGGUAAUAACUAUAUUGCAAUUAAUGAAAAAAUUUGUGCUACGGCUAUAGGUGGAUUUUGUUUUUUCGAUCAAGAAUGUGCUGAUAUUAAUUCGAUGUGUAUUGAUCAUUAUUGUCAAUGUAAACUUACUGCUUUAUUAUCUGCCAAUAAUCAAUGUGUUCCAAUUCGACUAGGAAAACCUUGUAAGCGACAUGAGGAUUGUGAACCUAAAACAAAUUUAAGGUGUUCAGCCAAUAAUAUAUGCGUUUGCAAUUUUCAUCAUGUUGCUGUUAAUGAAUCUUAUUGUGCACCAAUUAUAGAAGGAUUUUGUUCAAUGGAUGAAGAUUGCCAAUUUAGUGAAUUUCAUUGUGUUAAUAAUAAAUGUCAAUGCAAACCUAAUUUUACUGCAAUAUCUUCUCGUCAAUGCAUUGAAAACAAUCUGGCAACUUCUUGCUUUGAUGCAUUAGAUUGUAGUGAUCCGUGGCAUGCUGCAUGUUCAACAAAUAAUAAAUGUAUUUGUAAAAUAAAUCAUUUAGCGAUUAAUAACGCAACAUGUUAUCCAAUUUUAGAUGGAUAUUGUUGGAAUAAUAAUCAAUGUAUAAUAAGACAUUCUGUGUGUUCUGAUUUUCAAUGCACAUGCAAAUCAGAUUUUGUUGCUAUUUCUGAUAAUCUUUGUAUACCCAACAAAGUUUCUCAUUCAUUAUAAAAAAUACAUCCACGAGAUUAAUACUUAGCCCUGAUCGACCUGAUUAAAAAAAGCGAUUUCAAAAAAUUAAAAAACAAACUUUUAAUUUUUCCAUAAACUUCCAAUCCUCCUAAUUUUUAAGCAUUGAAUAAUAGUCGGAUUCUCUAAUAGUUGAAUGACGGGACGAUUCGAAAAUAUACAGUAUAUUGUAUGACAAGAGGGUGAAGGCUGACAUCACCCGCAGUUUGAAAUCGUGUUUUCAAGCAAGCAGAAUUUUUAAGUGUAAAAUGUGUUGUUCACGUUUAACUCACUUUCAUUAUUGGCAAUAUUAUGAACAAAUUUUGAAGCAUCACUCACUAUUGCUGCUAGAGUCACACAACAUUAUUAUUGUACAGGCAACCAUAUUUAGAAAAUGAAUCAAAUCAAAACAAGUAAUAAUCGUGUUUUUUUUUAUUGAUCGAUUUAUUAAAAACUAAUCUAAUCUGAUCACUCGCGAGCUUUAUUAAUUAGUGGUAAUGGUAUUAAGUUAACUGAUAAUAUAUUAUAUGAGUCAAUCUACCAAAAAACCAUUCAUAAUAAAUGUCAUCACUAAGACAUUUUUAAACGUAAGUGACCAUUUAAAAAAUUCAAGAUGUUCUCGUGAAAACCAAUGCGUGUGUAAUGAUAAUAACUUCGAAAACAAUGAAAUGAGAUGCGCACCAAUUGCUGAUGGAUAUUGCAACAAUAAUAAGCAAUGCCAAUUUCCUGGAUUUCAUUGUGUCGAUAAUAAAUGUCAAUAGAAACCUAAUUUUUUACUGCUGUCUCCUGAUAAUUGUAUUGAAAGUCAUUUGCUAUUUGAUUGUGACGAUACUUCAGAUUGUAGUGAGCCAUGGCACACAAUUUGCUCCAAGGAUAAAAAAUGCGUUUGCAAAUCAAAUAAUAUUGCGAUAAAUAGAUCGACAUGUUUACCUAUUUUGGAUGGGUAUUGUUGGAAAGAUGAUCAAUGUCAGGCUGAAAAUUCUGUUUGUGAUGACUUUCGGUGUGCGUGCAAAUCUCACUUCACUGAUGUCUCCAAAAAUACAUGUUUACCUUCAUAAAGCGUAUUUAAUAGCUUCAGCUAGUUGUGUAGUUAAGAAUUCAAAUUGAAAAAUUUUUUAUUUUAUAACUCAAUUAUCAUUGUAAUUUUUAUA